AUGAUACCAUCACUGCAACCAUCGAGACCAAAGGUACCCGCACAGUCGCAACACGUCCAACAGCAAACCCGCACUUUCCACACGCACGCGACAGCUCCAAGAAACCAGAUCGAAGCCAUGCCGCCCUUCACGACGCCCGAGACAGCCAAAGCGCAGCUCGUAUCCCCAGUAUCGACAUACAAUCCUGCGACCACACACCCAGUGUUCUUCAUGAACAACUUCCGCAAACCACCUUUCCCACUGCCAAUGAACACAGGCUUCAGCCCCGCCGCAACUGGAUAUGUCUUUGGAAGAACGAGGACGGAUUCGAACACGAAGCUUUGA